GCGCCGGGGUUUGGCGGCGGCGCCAUUUUGAAUUGGCUGAGGGUCGGAGGCGGCGGCUGCCGGGCAGGGUUCCGCGUCCCCCGAGGGAGAGCCCGCGAGGAAGGAGCGGAUAUGGCCGCGAAUAGGAACUUGAAGCAAGUGCGGAUCGAAAACAGCUCCCCAGCGGUGCCGCUCGGCAUGGUGGGGGGCGGCGGCGGCGGCAACCUGAAAGGAUUGCGCGGCCUAGAAGGGGAGAGUGAGGCGGCGGCGGCCAUGGCUCUGGUGCCGAGCAAAGAAGGUGGCGGAGAUGAGGAGCAGGAGGUUGGGUUCACCAUCGAUAUCAAGAGCUUUCUCAAACCUGGCGAGAAGAGCUACACGCAGCGUUGCCGGCUAUUCGUGGGGAAUCUGCCUACUGAUAUCACCGAGGAGGAUUUCAAGCGCCUUUUCGAGCGCUACGGGGAGCCCAGCGAGGUCUUCAUCAAUCGGGACCGCGGCUUCGGCUUCAUCCGCCUGGAAUCUAGGACCCUGGCUGAAAUAGCAAAGGCAGAACUUGAUGGUACUAUUUUGAAGAGCAGACCACUUCGAAUUCGAUUUGCUACCCAUGGAGCUGCCUUAACUGUAAAGAAUCUGUCGCCUGUGGUUUCCAAUGAGCUGCUGGAACAAGCAUUCUCGCAAUUCGGGCCCGUGGAAAGAGCGGUUGUUGUAGUUGAUGAUCGCGGCAGAGCUACAGGGAAAGGUUUUGUAGAGUUUGCAGCAAAACCUCCAGCACGGAAAGCUCUAGAAAGAUGCAGUGAUGGGGCAUUCUUGCUUACAACAACACCUCGACCUGUUGUUGUAGAACCAAUGGAGCAAUUUGAUGAUGAAGAUGGACUCCCUGAGAAACUAAUGCAAAAAACACAACAGUACCACAAGGAAAGAGAACAGCCUCCACGCUUUGCUCAGCCUGGCACAUUUGAGUUUGAGUAUGCUUCACGGUGGAAAGCUCUUGAUGAGAUGGAAAAGCAGCAGCGUGAACAGGUUGAUAGGAACAUUAGAGAAGCCAAAGAGAAACUUGAGGCAGAAAUGGAAGCAGCUAGACACGAGCAUCAGCUAAUGCUGAUGAGGCAAGAUCUCAUGCGUCGUCAGGAAGAAUUGAGGCGCUUGGAAGAACUCCGAAACCAAGAACUUCAAAAACGCAAGCAGAUACAAUUGAGACAUGAAGAAGAACACAGACGUCGUGAAGAAGAGAUGCUACGUCAGAGGGAACAGGAGGAAUUACGACGACAGCAGGAGGGAGGAUUUAAACCUAAUUUCAUGGACAAUAGAGAACAGGAAAUGAGAAUGGGUGAUAUGGGUCCUCGUGGAGCAAUAAACAUGGGAGAUGCGUUUAGCCCAGCACCUGCUGGUAACCAAGGCCCUCCUCCAAUGAUGGGUAUGAAUAUGAACAACAGAGGAACUUUACCUGGCCCUGCAAUGGGUCCUGGUCCUUCCAUGGGACCAGAAGGAGCUGCAAAUAUGGGAACACCAAUGAUGCCAGAUAAUGGAACAGUGCAUAAUGAGAGAUUCCCUCAAGGAGGCCCAUCCCAGAUGGGUUCACCUCUGGUUAGUAGAACGGGCUCUGAAACUCCUCAGCCGCCAAUGAGUGGUGUAGGUGCCGUGAGUGGUGGACCUGGUGGCUUUGGUAGAGGAAAUCCAGGGGGCAACUUUGAAGGACCUAACAAGCGUCGCAGAUACUAAAUCUUAAUUCAUUCCUUACUGUUUUAGAAAUUCCAGUACAAGUAUACAGUGAUAUGCCUUUAUAAUUUUAGCUGUUAUCUGGAAACGGUUCUAUUGUUAUUGUAGUCUUUAAAACAGUUUCUUUUGUAAAACUUUUUUUGUAUUCAGUCAUAGGCUUUGUAGCAUAGAGCAGAAAUGAUGCGGAUCAUUAUGUAAGGCAAUGUGUUUGUGACUCUAGCAAAAUGCAAUGUGUGACUAUGCUGUAAAACGUGCGGUUAUCUGAUUACAAUAAAACAAAAAUCACUGGAAAGGA